UUGAUCGAGUCAGAUUUGUUCUGUAUCAGUGUAAUUCAAACGGAAAGUUUGGAGCACAUCUGGAUCAGAGGUACUGGAGCUGCGGGCGCGCUUAAAGAACCGGAGCGCAUUUAGGCACUACAAGACAAUGGCGUUAACGGUGUCAUGUGACCUAUCCGUCAACGUAGAUACAGACCAAAAUGUAAAUAAAUUAGCACAAAAACAGGAGGCGCUGAGAAAAAGCAUCCAGAAAGGAGAUCCCAAAUCUAUAGGGAUCUCACAGGUCAUGCUGGGGUUCAUGAUUAUUUCGUACUCGGUGCCUCUGAUCUCUGCUGAGCUCACUGAUGUUUUCAUGUUUGGUGUGCCGUGGUGGAGCGCCAUUACGUUCAUCAUUUCAGGAGCUAUUGCGUUAAUAACUGAAAAACGUAACAGCAUCGUACUGGUUUUUGUGUGCUUGGUGGUGACAGUAGCAGCUGCAUUUAUCUCCGUCAUUGCCGUGAUCAUCUUCAUGGUUGACAUGGUGAAACACCCAACGACGUCCUGCCUGGCGACCUCUGGGCAAACAUGUGAUUACAAACAUUACGUCACCAAAUUCAGUUUUGAAAUGAAGUUCAUUCUUCUCAUCUUGUACAUGGUGCAGACGGCCAUCUCCUCAGCUUUCGCUUGCAUUCUCUACAAAGAGAGGCAACAAUUCACCAACUAUUUGCUUGUGGACCAGUGAUGAACCACUGAUGUCCGGAGAUGCCAGUAAACCAUUCAGUGACCACAUGUUUUAUUUUAUAAGUCUAUAAUAUGUAGCUAGCACUAUGAAACGUACUGCAUUAUAUAAUGGACAGUGUGUGUUGGUAUAAUUAAAGUUUGUUAACAUUUUAUAAAGUACAUUCAGUAAAUAUUGGACACCGCACUAUAACUCGGGUUGCGAUCAGAAGGCUCAUGUUUGUGUGACUCGAGUGCUCGUGAAUGUGCAGUAAGAGCUUCGCUGUAUCCACUCUUGCAGCUGGUGACCUUCAACCCCCACAAAUUCUUUCACCCCGUCCUGGCAGUAUUUCCUCAUCUGAACAACAGACGUGCUAUUCUCUUCUGCAUGCAGAGCCACAGUCGCAGUCCUGCGAUCGUCGUUAGUUGCAUGUUGUGUUGUCUCUUCUUAACUACAGAAAUUGGAUCCCAAACUACGCUGUGAUUUUAAUUGUAGGAUUGUAAACAUGAAAUGAAGUUGUUUUUUAAUUAAAAAAGGUUUUAUCUUU